AUGAGCAGUGAAAUUGAAGAAGAUAAUCGAUUAUUGAUUUUCCUAUUUGUUUCCAAUUCAAGUAACUUCCAAUUUCGCUUUCAUAGAUUGAUCCAUUUUGGCACUCAAUCAAAUAUAGUCUCUCUGCAGUUAUCAAGAUCUUGCUUUUAUUUUUUGCAAACCUAUAAGGAAUUGUCGAGAAAGAGUCAAUAUCAAUUGAGUAUAACAAAAGAUUUCUAUUUAAAUGUCCAGAAAUCAAUAUAUUUCGAUUAA